UCGACGACUUCGUUUUGGCCGAAUUUCGCGGCGACAAGCGAAACGCUCCAUUCAGUCGAGUACGUGCAACGCAGCCGCGCAGACGCAGCCAGCGGUUGAAUAUUUUUUUUUCGUUUUUUUUCCUCCUCCUCCUCCCGCUGCAUUGCUGCAUCCUUUUGCCACGCAAGGAUCCCGGUACGCCGCUUGUCAGCCAAAAGUGUCCGAAAACCAAGUGCCAAGCUGCGUGGCCCGAGAAUCGCAACUGGCCAACGACAAGCACUAGUGGAGAAGCGGAAACUGAACAACGAAUUAAGCAAGGAAGGAAUCAAGCAAUCAAUCAGAGAAUCAGAAAAAUAUCAAGCAACACAACAAAAACUGAAGAGAAGAAAAGCUUGAGGGCACAAGGCAUAAGCAGCAUAUCGGAGGCAGCUUAGCGGACCAUAGAGAGAAGAGAAGAGAAGAGGAGACCAGAGCCGCGCCAUGCACAAAAGAAAGAAACGCUAGAAACGCAGAGCGAAGCGAGAGACAGUGACAGUGACAGAGAAAGAGAGUAUAUAUAUGUGCAUGUGCAGAGAGGGGAAUCUUUAUCGAGAAAGUGAAGAGAAUCGCUUGAACCUGAAGCCAAUCCCGAAACCAAAACCGAACCCAAACCCGUAUCCGUAUCCGUAGCUACAAUCAACAUGGUACUCAAUCUACUGUUCAUAACGACGGUGAUCAAGUCAACGUUCGGCGUGGUGACCACGGGCCUCUGGCUAAUACCCCUGAUGCUGGCCGCCAUCACCUACUACCGCUACGAUGCAGUGGAUCCCGAAUCGCGGCCACUGGACCAGCUCAAUCUCUAUCCCGAGUACGAUUUCAUAGUGGUGGGCAGUGGCUCAGCGGGAGCGGUGGUGGCCAAUCGGUUGAGCGAGGUGCGCAAGUGGAAGGUGCUGCUGAUCGAGGCCGGGCCGGAUGAGAACGAGAUAUCGGAUGUGCCCUCGCUGGCCGCCUAUCUGCAGCUGAGCAAGCUGGACUGGGCCUACAAGACGGAGCCCUCGAACAAGGCCUGUCUGGGGAUGCAGAACAACCGAUGCAACUGGCCCAGGGGCAGGGUGCUCGGCGGCAGCUCCGUCCUCAACUAUAUGCUGUAUGUGCGGGGCAAUCGCAACGACUACGACCACUGGGCCUCGCUGGGCAAUACGGGCUGGGACUACGAUCAGGUGUUGCGCUACUUCAAGAAGUCCGAGGACAACCGCAACCCCUACUUGGCCAGCAAUGCCUACCAUGGCAGGGGCGGGCUGCUGACUGUCCAGGAGUCGCCCUGGCACUCACCCCUGGUGGCGGCCUUUGUGGAGGCUGGCACCCAGUUGGGCUACCAGAAUCGCGACAUCAAUGGGGCCCAGCAGUCGGGCUUCAUGAUCGCCCAGGGCACCAUUCGACGCGGCUCCCGCUGCUCCACCGCCAAGGCCUUUCUGCGUCCGAUCCGGCAGCGCAAGAACUUCCAUCUGUCGAUGAACUCCCAUGUGACGAGGGUGAUCAUCGAGCCGGGCACCAUGCGGGCCCAGGCCGUGGAGUUUGUUAAGCACGGGAAGGUCUAUCGCAUUGCGGCACGCCGCGAGGUCAUCCUCUCGGCGGGGGCCAUCAACACUCCACAGCUGAUGAUGCUGUCGGGACUGGGACCGCGCAAGCAACUCGAGAAGCACGGCAUCCGAGUGCUGCAGGAUCUGCCCGUGGGCGAGAACAUGCAGGAUCACGUGGGCAUGGGCGGACUCACGUUUCUGGUCGACAAGCCGGUGGCCAUUAUCCAGGAUCGCUUCAAUCCCACGGCCGUCACCUUUCAGUAUGUGCUGCGCGAACGCGGCCCCAUGACGACCCUUGGCGGUGUCGAGGGCCUGGCCUUUGUCCACACACCGUACUCCAAUCGCAGCGUCGACUGGCCGGACAUACAGUUCCAUAUGGCGCCCGCGUCGAUCAACUCGGACAACGGGGCGCGGGUGAAGAAGGUGCUGGGCCUGAAGGAGUCCGUCUACCAGGAGGUCUACCAUCCCAUUGCCAACAAGGACAGCUGGACCAUUAUGCCGCUGCUGCUGCGACCCCGAUCGAGGGGCUCGGUGAAACUGCGGACGGCCAAUCCCUUUCACUAUCCGCUGAUCGAUGCCAACUACUUUGACGAUCCCCUGGACGCCAAGACCCUGGUCGAGGGCGCCAAGAUCGCCCUGCGCGUGGCCGAGGCGCAGGUCUUCAAGCAGUUCGGGUCGCGGCUGUGGCGCAAGCCGCUGCCCAAUUGCAAGCAGCACAAGUUCCUCUCGGACGCGUAUCUGGAGUGCCAUGUGAGGACCAUUUCCAUGACCAUCUACCAUCCCUGCGGUACAGCCAAAAUGGGCCCCGCCUGGGAUCCCGAGGCCGUUGUCGAUCCCCGCCUGCGAGUCUACGGUGUCCGCGGCCUCAGGGUGAUCGAUGCCAGCAUCAUGCCCACCAUUAGCAGUGGCAAUACGAAUGCACCUGUCAUCAUGAUUGCCGAGAAGGGUGCCGAUCUCAUCAAGGAGGAUUGGCUCACCAAUCCCGAGUACAAGGUGAAGCGGCAAGCUGCUUCCUCUGGCUCCGCCUCCUUCUCCGCUGGGCGCACAAAAAGUCGACCAGUAGGCGACACUGAUGCGGCAGCCAGCAGCAUGCACAGCAUCAACAUUAGUUUGCUCAACAACAGCAGCAACAUCAGCGACAGCAGCAACAUCAUCGACAGCAGCAACAUCACCUAUUCAGAGAGUUAGAUCGAUCAGAGUCAGCUCCAGAUCAGUGCUCAGGGGUCCAUUAGCUUUACACACACACA